UUGCUUGCUUUUAGGUUCUGGGGUUUUACUGUUUCAUUGAUUUCAGCAGAGGCAGAGAGAGGCAGCCAUGAAUGCUCUUGCAGCCACCAACCGCAACUUUCGACAUGCAGCUCGCAUUCUUGGGCUGGAUUCCAAGCUUGAGAAAAGCCUUUUGAUUCCCUUCAGAGAAAUCAAAGUUGAGUGUACUAUUCCGAAAGAUGAUGGCACCCUGGUAUCCUAUGUUGGAUUUAGAAUCCAGCAUGACAAUGCCCGUGGCCCAAUGAAAGGGGGAAUCCGUUAUCAUCCUGAGGUUGACCCAGAUGAAGUGAAUGCUCUAGCCCAGCUAAUGACAUGGAAGACAGCUGUAGUAAACAUUCCUUAUGGUGGAGCUAAGGGUGGGAUUGGCUGCAACCCGAGGGACUUGAGCGUCAGUGAGUUAGAACGUUUAACUCGUGUUUUUACUCAGAAGAUCCAUGAUCUCAUUGGAAUUCACAGGGAUGUUCCUGCUCCUGACAUGGGAACUAAUUCCCAGACAAUGGCUUGGAUUCUUGACGAGUACUCAAAGUUUCAUGGGCAUUCACCUGCAGUUGUGACAGGAAAACCGAUUGAUCUUGGGGGUUCACUUGGAAGGGAGUCUGCGACUGGACUUGGGGUGGUUUUUGCAACCGAGUCUUUACUUGGUGAAUACGGAAAGUCAAUUUCUGGUAUGAAGUUUGUUAUACAGGGUUUUGGAAAUGUGGGCUCAUGGGCAGCCAAGUUGAUCCAUGAUAGAGGGGGUCAUGUCAUUGCUGUUAGUGACAUCACAGGUGCAAUUAAAAACCCUGCUGGAAUCAAUAUCCCAGAUCUUCUCAAGCACAAAGAUAGCAAUAGAAGUUUGAAGGAAUUCCAAGGUGGAGAUGCUAUGGACCCAAAUGAUUUGCUUGUUCAUGAAUGUGAUGUUUUGAUUCCAUGUGCCUUAGGAGGAGUUAUUAACAAGGAAAAUGCAGCUGAUGUGAAGGCAAAAUUUAUAAUAGAAGCUGCAAAUCAUCCGACUGACCCCGAAGCAGACGAGAUUUUGUCCAAGAAGGGAGUUGUUAUUCUCCCUGACAUAUAUGCAAAUGCUGGCGGUGUGACGGUGAGCUACUUCGAAUGGGUUCAGAAUAUUCAAGGAUUUAUGUGGGAAGAAGACAAGGUUAACUGUGAGCUUAAAAAGUACAUGCACAAGGCCUUCCUUGACAUCAAGGCAUUGUGUCAAACUCAUGACUGCAGCUUGCGAAUGGGAGCUUUCACUCUCGGGGUGAACCGAGUCGCACGUGCUACACUCUUGAGGGGUUGGGAAGCAUGAAUGAAGUCUUUUCAUUUUAAUUUUCUCCUUUUGUGCCCAUCAAAUGCUUCUUCUUAACAUCAGUCAUGCAAUGUAAUGGGAAUCGAAAAACCGGAUACUCAAGCAAACUGGAGAAACCAACCUAAGAAAGAAAUAAAAGUCCUUUAGUUCAUUUA